CCCGGAAGCAGUUAAUUAUUGUUACAUGGGUUACCAUUUUUUUCAUGCGGGUUUGCUAAGUAGCCACUUUUAUUAACUUUAUAACUGUCCGAUGAAGUUUUAAGACGUAAUCAAGUAACGAUAAUAUGGCAGAACCCCACUUUCCUUUUCCCUCCCUGGCCUUCUUAGUUCCUCCUCUCCGGAUGAUGUCAGCCUUCAUGUGGAGGGUGGUACACCAGGGGAACACAAAGCAUUAUGGGAAACUGGAGGAAUUUGUAUCCAUGGUUACUGAGGAGGUUCCAGAACUCCUUAACAACAAACAGAAGUGUCUGCUCAUCCUGGCUCUCAGAGGACGGAUGACACUACAACUGCUACGAUCUGGACGUCCUGAUGAUCUCAAGGCUGUUCAAACCCACCUGGACGGACUAAGAUCACAUGGUGUUAAACAGUCAAAUGAUGCAGUGAUUGAAUCUGCUGAAACCAACUUCCUGAAACUGGUUGAAAGCCUUCUAGAAGAUCCAGAGGAGAGGGAACACUUCUUCAGGGUGGUGUUCCCGGUGGAGUAUGGUCCUAACUUUGAAAUGGCGCUGCAGGCUCUGGUGUGUCACUUCCUGUCUAGACUGGAGGAGCUGUUGCCGGUCCCAGACUUCAAACAGACUGCUUCGUUGAUCAGUGCUGCCCCCUCUGUUCUGGAGGACUACAUGCGCUGUGUCUCCCAUGAUGAUCUGAACUCCAUGUUACACAACCAGCAGUAUCAUGGGAACCUCAAACUACCCCAGAGUGCUCCCACUCAGACAGAGGACCGCCUCCUCCACUCCUUGUCCUUCCCCCCCUCACUGAGACUGGCCAAUGUCUUGCACCACAGCACUGGCUACAGCGAAUCUGAAUCGUUCACUGUCUAUGAGAGGCCGCCCCUGCCUAUCAGAGAUGAUCUGGAGACUGUGACUGACAGCUUGUGUGGUGAAAUGUUAAAAGGAAAUGUGGAUAAAAACAAGAAUGAAACCAAUUCAGUAGAAUACCAAAAAGGUCCUCAAAGCACAAAUGAACACAAAGAAGUGAAAGAUGAAGCUGUGCAUGUUCAAAAUAUACAAUUUAAGUCAGAGGAAGAAGGAAGGACUGUAAGCAUUUACCAUGAGCAUCAGUACUCAAGGAGCACCAAUGCCUGUCCUCAGACUGUACUACAACUCCAGGUCCCAUCAACCAGCCCCCAAGCUGCCCUUAACUCCACCUCAUUUCAGGACGCUACAUCAUCUUCAUCCACCAUGACACAAGGAACUACAACCUCCACUAACCCUACAACCAGUAUAUCCCCCUCCACCACCCCUACCAUGUCUUCCCCCAGUUGUACCCCUGGUUCGUCAGAUCAACCUCCACGCCGGGUGGCCCAUAAAUGUCCCCAGUGUGGUCGCUGUUUCAUCUACCGCUACAAGAUGUUAGAACACCAGCGUCUCCACACGGGGGAAAACCCGUACAAGUGUUCCCAGUGUGGCAAGACUUUCAGAAGGUCCUCCGACAUAUCCAACCAUCGCCGGACCCAGUGCUCCAACGCAGCUUAUGUUUGUAUUAAAUGUGGGAGCAGCUUUGGGUCCGUCCAGGACAGGGUUAACCAUCGAUGCGGUGGUAGCCACAGUUGCCACAACUGUGGGAAGGUUUUCAGGUGCCAAUCCCACCUGACGGUGCACAUGAGAAGCCACAACGGUGAGCGACCGUACCACUGCACCUACUGCGACAAACGGUUCACCUUGAGAGGCAACCUGACCAUACACAUACGGACUCACACAGGGGAGAAACCUUUUGUCUGCUCUUACUGUGGCAAGGCCUUCUGCUCUCCGGGGGACCUGCAGAGCCACAGGAGGACACACACUGGGGAGAAACCAUACAACUGCACCAUCUGUCAGAAAGGAUUCACCAUGUCUGGUCAGUUAACUCUCCACAUGCGACUUCACACUGGAGAACGUCCCUACCUCUGUCACGAGUGUGGGGAUACAUUUCGUCGUGGUGUAGAUUUGAAGACGCACGUUCUGAAUCACUCUGGGCUGCGACCUUUUUCCUGCCAUCUCUGUUCUAAGACUUACAAAUGUAAAAAUCACCUGAAUUGUCAUUUAAAAACACACAGUUCCACGUCUCUGGAUAUUAUCAAGCAGUCAUCUGUAGCUACAGUAUAACUACGACACAAGCAGAUUAAAUAUUAUUUGAAGGGUUGUAACUGUUGCAGCUCUCUUCCAUUUUCCGGAUUUGUGACUUCCUCUGAUCAUGUCCUUAUAACUAAUGGUGUUGGCGUCUCUGUUCUCUCCCAACAGGCUCUCAGCAUUGCCAAAUUCUAUGGUUUUAUAAGGAAGUACAAAUGCAUUGACAUACAGCACCAGAAAAAAUGAUGACACCAAUGCACUUUUUUUUUUUCUUUCU